AUGGCGAGUAUUGUGUACCGAGCCUGGAGUGCUCCACUACACAGAAAUGUCAAACGAUCGCGCUUGGAGUUAGAUCCGGGUGGAGAAGUAAACAACAUCGGCGCCGGUGAGCACAACACACUCGAACCCCGGAGCCCCGGUGGUGGAAGCGAAGAGCCCACCUCCCUGGAGCCGUCUCACUCGACACUGGAACCCUCCCUCAACAUUAGCCAUCAUGUCAACGGCCCCUUGCAAGGUGAUUUGAACCGAGAUUCCCCUUCAUCAUACAGCAAUUCCACGUACCCAUCGCCGCAUUAUUACAAAAACAUUCUCAGCUCAAACAGCAGCAGCAGUAGCUACGACCCGGGACUCUUAUCGUCUCAUCACCAGCAACAACAACAGCAGCAGCAGCUUUCUCUACAGCAGCAGCAGCAGCAACAACAACAACAGCAUUCCCACCUUCACCAACAGCCACCACCACCGCCUUCAGCGCCUCCCUCAUCAUCCUCGUCGUCCUCUUCCUCGUCAACAACAUCAUCUAACCACCUCCACCUCCCCCACCACCAACACCAACACCAACAACAGCAGCACCAUCAUCACAUUCAGCAACAGUCGCAACAGCAACUACAGCAGCAACCGUCUCGAGACGGGAGCAGCAACAACAACAACCACGACGGUAGCCGCCCCGACAGCCAAAACGGAGUAGCAGCAGCAGCAACAGCAACAUCAUCAUCAUCCGGCGUCGUGGUCGGAGGUAGUAGCAGCAACAACAGCAUUAGCAACAGCAGCAUCAACCACCAUCACCACCACCACCACAACAACAGCAGCAGCAGCAACGCGGCAGCGGACGCCGACAACGCCGACAACAGCAGUAGCAGCAGCAACAACACCACCAGCAACAACAUGAGUGUGUAUAUGGGCCACGGUCAGAACGCUGGGAGCUUCAUGCAAGCCUCCUACCCGUACCAUCAGGGCAGUCAGAGCCCUUACAGCAUGCUGCAGACACAGUACGGCACGGACGCCUGUAUGGAGCCAGGGCAGAGGCCGCCCUCGUUCCCGUGUGCCGUUCCGCCCAAGGACGGCCUCCGAGACAGCUGCGCAGAGGCACAGGGAGAGGGCAGCUACAACCAGAUGGCCAACCCGUCACCGCCUCUCAAGGAGAACGGUCAGCGAGGGUCAAGGCCACGCAGCGGCCGGCGGACACAGCCGUCACCUGGCCCGGAGUCCGACCUGGAGCGUGUGUUCGUGUGGGACCUGGACGAGACCAUUAUCAUCUUCCACUCGCUGCUCACCGGCUCCUACGCCCAGAGAUACACCAAG